ACCUGUCUGUUUCCACCCAGCUCAGUUCGAAAUUAAGAAGUAAAACAGGAAAUAUGGAGACUUGGUAAAGGACAACAAAAUGCAACAUGCUGUUUUACUCUGCUGGUUUUUAUUUACCACCAUCCUUCACUCUGGUCACUUUGCUGUAAUAGAAACAAAGGAGGCUGUUUGGGCAGCAGUGGGAGACAAGGCCUCUCUGAGCUGUCGGCUCUCUAAAACUAAAGAUGUCCUCCAAGUCACCUGGCAGAAAGUCCUCCUCGAUGGAGAGAAGAACCUCGCCACUUACACCGAGAAGUUUGGUUCCAGAGUGAGUGCAGGACUGGAGGACAAGAUGGACUUUCAGUAUGAAUCUCUGCAGAGCUGCUCCAUGGUGAUCAGGAAGGUGAUGGAGGAGGAUGAAGGCUGCUACCGAUGUUUGUUUAACACCUAUCCUAAAGGAGCGAUGAUAGGCAGAACAUGUCUAAAACUCUGUGAGCUGCAUGGACCCUUCAUUAAUGUCAGCAGAUCAAACUCUCCUCCAGGGUCGGUUGUGACCUGUUCAGCCACAGGUCGACCUGUUCCCAUGGUAACACUGACUGUUCUCCAUCAGAACCUCAGCUUCUCCCACUACAACACCAGCAGAGUGACCAACAUCAACGGUACCAUCACUUUCACCACCACUGUUCUGCUCUCAGCUCUCAACAGCACACAGGUUGAAUGUUCAGUAUUAGUGCAAACUGCUGCUCUCAGAGAGCUGCUGGUCACCGUUCCUGGACUCACAGAGACGUCUGAUGAUGGUUUGGAUGUAGAACCUGGUUCAAAUUACAUUAUUAUUGGAUUGUUUGUGGUGGCUGGAUUAGUGUUGGCGCUCUGUGUUGCUGCUCUCUUCUUUGUGCUGCUCAGAAAACAGGCAGAGAAAAGGAAACAUAAAGAUACAUCAGACAUCAACUCUCAGAAGAAGGACAUGUUGAUAGAUUACAUGUUUAACAGCUGUAAGGAUAAAGAAGAGAAGGAGGAUGCUACAGUACAGACAAGGGAAGACACCAGGAAACAUAAAGAUACACCAGGCAUCAACUCUCAGGAACAUAAAGAUGCAACAAAAAUCAACUCUGUUAUGAUGAAUGAAGAAGCGUUGGACAUGUUGAACGGAACACUCAUGGAUGGAGAAGAGAAGAAGAACAGUACAGAAGAGAGAAUGGAAGACAACAGGGUCAUUGAAGAACCUGUGGUACCCGAAUCAAUAUACGUCUCCCGAUAUAGUUCACCAGGCUUAACAAAACGCCACAACAGAGACCAGGAGUCAUCAGUCAAACCAGCAGUAACGUCUGACUCUGAACAGGUUAACCAAGGAAAGAAAAUUAACUGACCCACCAGUUUGUGGUGGAAGAGAUGAAACAGCUACACCUGAGGUCAAAGGUUGUGGGAAAAGAACUUAUUGUGAAGUUAGGCUCCUUGUUAAGAUGUUCCGGGUACAUCAGGAGGACAGGAGACCAGAGGAAGAACCAGGACGCCCUGGAGGGACGACGUUUCUCUUCUGGUCUGAGAAUUUGGGAUUCCCCCAAAGGAGCCUCCAUGGCCUGACCCCAGGUUAAUAGGAAGAUGAUGGAUGGAAUGGACGAUUAAUAAAACAAAAACUUUGUAAUAAUUUCAACACCACCCUGAUUUGAAUGAGCUAAAUCAUGAAUAUAAAUAUGCAUUUCAUUUAAAUAAAAAGUAAAAUGCAUUUUUUAUUUUAAAUAAAAAAUGCAUUUAUUUC